CGUUUCGUUCAGCCGGAAUCGGCAUUUCGCUGUUUGUCUCGACUCGACCUGUUUCGUUCCAUAUUCUCCGCGCCCCGUGCCCCGCUCUUCGUCUCUCUCCCCUUCACCGCCAAACAAAAUACGCGCAGCGCGGAGCAUAGAGAAUUAUCGGUGUGGAGAAAACCGAAUUGACGUUGCGUUGUUUUGCUUUCGCUAAAAGUGUUUUUGUCUCAAAAUAUUAACAAAAUGGAUACAGAACACAUUGAGAUUAAAGUUGAAGACGAAAUGGGGAUUUUUGUCAAAGAAGAAGAAACGUUUAUUGAAGGCACGACAUAUGAUGAUGAUAAAUAUGAUGAAGAUACAUCGAAAUCUGAGUAUUUGUUAGUUGAAUCGCACCCGGAACUAUUCGGAAAAGAGCUACUGGUAUACACUACAAAAGUUGAUGAUGUUUGGACUAAAAAUUAUAAAUAUCCAAGAAAUGUUUUGAGUGUAAUUGAAAAUAAAACCAAGCCUGUUUUCAACGGAAAAUUGAUAAAAAAGAAGAGAAGGAAAUACACAAUAAAAUUUAAUCGCUUCAUACACAUUUUGGAAGACUACAAUCGUGAUAUCAGACGUUAUAAAAAUAAACAGUUAUUUUUCGAUUGUAAGAAAAAUAAAAAAAGUGUUAUAGCAAAUCUUGAACAAAGAAAACAUGGAACCAUACAAACCAUCGUCGUAAAUGAUGACAGUGAUGAACCAUUAUCUCAAACUAACACAAAUGAUAAAGUUGAUUUAGUUCAUGCUGACAACUCCUCGAAUAUUGCUGGCAAAAGUGGAAAGAAGACCCUUUAUUACACAAUUGUAAUGCAUACAAUACGAUUAUUACAAGACAUGAGCUUUCCAUGUCGAUUAUAUGAUGUUUAUAUUAUGAACAAAGAUGGGAUGCCACAAGAAUUUUACCAAGUUGAUAAAACAUGUCUCAGUAGUAUUUCUGCUCAUACUAAGAAAAAUAUAUCUACUAAAAUAAACAAUUGCUGCUGGUAUAAAAGAGAGCAGAAAAUAAAACAAAUGACACAAGAACCAUGCACAAAAUUUAAAUCAUUUCUGAGGAUAUCUCAUACCUGUGAAGCAAAACAGUGUAUAUGUUGUUGUAAAAGAAAGUACGUGACUAGUGAUAACACGAAACACAUUCCGGAGAAUACGAAACCAAUUCCGGAGAAUGCGAAACCAAUUGAGCAGAAUCAGAGAAAGGAUUAUUUUCAGAAUCGUUGGCACAAAGGUUUGUUAAAAACUCCUGUGACAAAUAGAAGUAGUGUAAUAAAUGUCGCAUUAGCUAGUAGACCAAACAAGAAAAUAAAUAAAAAACAUAGAAGGAAAGGCCACUAUCUUGACACACAUUUGAGUUUAAAAAUUGGUGGAACUCAACAAUUUGACUACUAUAUUGAUGAAAAUGGUUUGGUCAAUACUUUGGUCAAAACAUUUGAUUGCCCUGAAUCUAUUGCAACAAAUCAUUGUAAAGCUAUGAUAGAUAUUAACAAAUCUCAAGCUGUUAACGUUGUUGAAGAUAUAUGUUGUGCCGACAAGUAUAAUAAAUAUCUUUUAAAAUUAGUUAAACUCGGCGAAUCGAACCUUGCAAAAUUUAUAAAUACUUGUGGAAUCUCUUUGGAAAGGUGUGAUAUUUGUAAAAAUGUAGAAUCACAAAAUUCAAUUGGUGCUAAAAGCGUAGCAUUAGAUAUUUCUUUACCAAAAUAUCCUAAACAUGUCUUAAACUACACAAAGAAAAAAAAAGUGCGACCUUAUGUCAUGUUUAAAAAUAAUAAAAAAAUACCAAUAAGUAAAACUGAAACUGUUGAUUUAGAAAAAUUGAAUAAAAAUGACAAUCUCAAUUCAAUUGGUUCAGACAUUGCAGAUAUACAACUUGUUAUUGCGCCUGGUGGAUGCGUUAAAAUCCAAACCAAAAGUAAUCCAGAAAGAAUAUCAACAGAGAAUUUAAUAAUGUUAAAAGAAAUAAUUAAUUAUACUAGUCAUAAAAUAGCAUCCCUAAAUCUUAAUAUUAAUCAAACAAUCAACAUACGCGAUUUAAUUCCUAAAACACCACUAACUCAUACAUCCUACAUUAAAACAGCAACAACUAAUGUUGCGCAACAAAAGGACACAAAUGGCUCAAUUCCAAAAUAUUUAACUAAUAUUGAAAAAAUAGCCACAGAUACACAACUAAGACAAAUAAUACAUCAUAAUAUAAAAGAUAUAACCGAUACUAAAACAACUGCCACUGCUGUUAUUCAACCACAGCAUACGAAAAAAUCCAUAACAAAAGAAACCUCUGAAAAUAACAAUGAGACGUUGAUUGAUGACAUAGAAAUUAUUGUCAAUUUAAAUAACUUACAGCCUGUGUCUUCAAUAAGUAAUAUAUCUACAGGAGCUGCAGAACUUGUAGAAAACAUUUAUCAAAAUUUUACAAUUAUAAGUGCACAAAAACGGAAACAGUAUCUUAUUUCACAUGCGUUUAUUACGAAUACAACCCCGGAUUUAUGGACAAAUGUGAAAAAUUUACAACCUCAAAUAUAUGUAAACCGCAACGUUGUGACCACAACUCAUAUGCAAAAAGAAAAUAUUAAGAGAAGAACAAUAGACAAAUGUACUUCACCUCCUCCAAAAAAAAUGGGAAGAGCUGAUUCAGAUGAAACAAUUGCAAAACAUAAUAUCGUUGUCUCCAUGCCGUCUACAAGUGGAGUAAUUUUAAGAAAUGCUCUUUUGACCCCAUCAUUCCAACCUGACAACAUCGAAGACCUUAGUUCAAUGAAUACAAAUGUGACAAGAACAGUACCAAAUAACAUGACUGUGAUACCUAUAUGUCAGUUGCCACAGGAAUUAGUUACAAGUUUAUAUAGUCAAUACGCCAUGUUGCCUUUCCAGCAUAAUGAAGACACGAUUCCAAUUCCUGGCCCAAUUAAUAUGACAGAACGUGUUUCUCUGCUACCAACUCUGACGCAAAUGCCCAAUACAAUUAUACCCGUAGUUUUACCCAGCAAUGAUACUGUAAUAAAAACUGAAAAUGUUGAUAUCGAAGUAAAUAAAGAUGACGACUGCAUUUUGGGUGUAUGAUAUGAACAAUGAACAAUGUUUGUGGAUAGUAAAACAUUGUUCAUUUUCGAAAAUUUCAGUAUAGAACGUAUAGUAUACGGCGACACACAUGAGGCACAACCCUAAAAAUAAAAGGCUAAAAUAUGUUCUACGAAUAUGUGUAUGUGUGAGUUAAGUUUGCGCACUAGGUAUCACAUCCACAUCACUACUGUUAGCACGGGGAGUGGGCAGUUGGCUGCCCCUUGUAUGUACCUAACUACCUACUUUACAGUCAUGUUAUGUACUGUACAGUAGAGUUAAAUAUAUAUUUGCAUACUUUGGCUAGGUUACUAAAUACAAAUGUAUCUUUGAAAUAUUAUAUAUAAUAUUCGAAUUUAUUAAAAUUUUUCUUCUUGUUUGUUACGUUAUGUUCUUUCUUGUUUGUUACGUUAAUUACAUGUCAAUAUUUAAAUGUUUUUAUUGUAGUUUCAUACAUUAGUUAACAUAUUAAUGGUUAAACACAACGUUUAUCAGUGUCUCAACAGAAAUGUUAAAUUAUUGUUCUAUAAGUGAAGCUCGUUAUUUACUUGAACUAGAAAAAAAUAUCAACACAAAGCUGCAUUUUCUUUUUCUUGUAUUUUCGUUGUUAUUCCAAUUUACACAAUGCAUGUGGGUUUUAAAAAUGCUUGCAGUUAAGUUUUUAGAGUUCCAACUUUCAAACAAACCUCGGUAGGUUCCAAACCUCAAAAGAAAAAAAUCUUUACCAAGUUUAAUAGGUACCUGAGUCAUAUAGUUAAAAGUAUUAACGGUUGAUUUUAACGUUAAAAGUUUUAUCACGAAGCGUUGAUGCAUUCAAAUCCAUACAAAAGCGUGAUUUCGGAAUAGUUAUAUAAGUAGGUCUGCUCAUUACGUGUCUGUCAUUACCUAGUUACCUACCUACGUUAUUUCUACCGAGUCUUGUGUAAACAUGAUUCACAUCACAGUAUAAUCAUUAUUGUUUUUUUUUUUAAUAAUCAGUUCAAACCUAUAGGUACAAUCGAAAUUAAAACAUUAACUAUUUUAUUAGCAGAACAUGUUCAUUACAAGUCUGAUACUCAUACAUUACAAGACUGUAUUAUUUAUUUUGCUGUAAAAUCUUAAAGACGUGUUGCGACUGUUUACAUAAUAAGAGUUGUAAGAAGAAAUGGAGUCUACAUAAAAAAAUCUGACUUCGGAAGACGACCGAGUUCGAGGCCACUCCACAUCAAGUGACGUCACUGACCUCCAUUUUGUAAGCCGCGGCGCGCCGUGUCGUAUGUCCCCUACCAUAUUCUCUUAUCACUCGAAUCAAAGGAGCGUACAUUAAAAUCCAAAAUGCGACAAUUCAUUUAUGAGAAUGAAAUGUGAGUGUGAAAUAAAAAUCAGAUAUAUAGGUUCAGAUUUUUAUUCAGACCAAGACCAAAAUUAAACGCAAAUAUUAUAUUUUGUAUUACUUAGGUACAUGUACAAUAAUUUCAUACAAAAUUUAAAAUUUGCAUUAUAUUUUUAAUUAUUCAAAUCUUGUUUUAUUAAAAACGUCUUAAAUAUUCUAAUUUCCACUGUACCUAGUUUUUGUUAAUGAUUAUUUCCUCUAAUUCAACACAAAAAUGCGACUGCGAAAGAAAAAAAAAGAAAUGACAGAGUAAACGGGCACCUAAUGUGAUAAAUCAAUAUUAUUCGAAUUAAUUACAUACACAUACUGGUGAAAAAUAAUAAUGGUAACUGACGUUUAUUUUGUAGGUCGCUGGACAAUGGUAGCGGCUGUAUAAAAUGCGUUAUCUAUUCGUUAUAGUGAUAUGAUUAUAACAAACAAAACAUUCUAACACCUAUACUAAAAAUAUUAUAUAAAAAUAGCAUAUAGGAAAUUAAUGACCCAUUACGUGAGUUACUUAAUAAAUUUAAUAGUAACUUAAGUACCGCGCAUUGUAGCUGUACCUAAGAAGUUGCACCAUAAAAUUGCACAUUACAUUGCCGUGAAACCAUUAUUAUUUAUAUCCCUUGAUCGUAGCUACCAGAUAUCCAAUUUACUUUCUGAAUUGUUUUGUGAAGCAUUUACUAAUGUUGAAAUGUUUACGUAACUAGGUAGUCAAAUUUUGACAAGUAUGGAGAGCCUAAAGCGAGGCCUAAAGACACGUCCAACGCGGGCAAAAGUCAUUUUAGAAAUGUACCAAGAACCGGUGUUCGCCGCGCGGCGAUUUUCUGUCUUUUUCUAGCACCUGUUUUUGCUGACUAUCUCACUCGCACUCGUUUCCCUGCGCUAUGUAGACUCGCCAUGAGCCGAAUAAAUGAAAAUAUCGCCAUUUUGUCGUUGCACGCCAACAAGACGAUAUGGCAUGUGGGAAAUGUGUGCAGUGAAUAAUAUGUGUAUAAUUAACGUAAAAAGAAGAUACAAACACCACAUUUUAUUACAUCAAUGUAAUUCGUCUGUAGCAGCAACAAUAGCCCACAGCCAAGAUGACAGAAUUGGAGAAGUUCAAACGGCGCAUGAUCCGUAUGGUGGCGCGUCUCCACGUGCAGGAGAAGAAACCAGAAGACGAGCUCUGGGAGUACUUGCGCAAGCAAACCAAAUGUGACUGCAAAUGGCUGUGGGAGCGAAUGCGUGCCCUUACACUGAAGAGACUGAAGCGGCUUCUCAUCGCGGAAGAUAAACUGGAGAAGAUCACAGCCAUCGCAAGAAUGUCGCUCACUGAUUGGCUGCUGUUCGACUGGAUACUCGUGCACGAGAAGAUCGACGUUAUUGGCACGGAGUUGAUGGCCGAAGGUCGCAAAGGGGAGCCGCGGCCGUUGUUCGACCUGUUCUCCCUAGUGCAGGCCUACGAUCUGGAGGGGCUGACCGGGGAGGCGCUGGCUCGUGCCUGGACCGCCGCCACUCUUUCUUACAACAGCCGAGGACGACAAUGCUCGCCGAUGCUGCUGCAGCGUCGUUGGUACCAACUGAAGGAAGUGACGCGCCAAAAGUUCUAUAAUUUCUGGUUCAUGUACCGCGGGAACAUCAAGUUGCUCGAAGACGCGCUCAAAGACAAACCUACUAGGCUGCAGUCGGCUGUCGCCAAACGAUAUCCCCACAUCAUCACUACACCGUUCGUUCCUUGGGAGGAGCUGAUACAGAAAAGGCUGGUCAUCAUGCCUCCGGAGUUUGAAUUACAAAUGAAGUCGCGGUCAGCUAAAUUACCUAUCCCAAUAGACGAAAAUGACGCAGAUGUCGUAUGCGUAGAACCUGAAAUAGAAACAAUAGAUUUAGGAGUCGACUCAGACUCUGAUAACGCUCUCAGAGAUGAAGUGGAAGGUAGCAAAGCUAAACAAAUGAUAACCGAUGAAGAUGUUUCUGCUGUUCAAAGUAUCACAGUAAAAAAAGAACCAAUGGAUGAAGACGAUUACGUAGAAAGUAUAGAUCUAGAAACAGAUCAAAUAAACUUAGACUUGGACAUGGAAGGUAUAGAUGCUCUUGAAAAUAUAGACAUUCCUAUAGAAGAUGAAAAUGAGGAUUCUUUAGAUAACACCGACGCUGUGGAAUCAACUGAAGAUGAAACUAGGGAAAGUACAGAAGCUGAAAAUGGUAUAAGCAAUGAAAAAGAUUUACCGAAUACUAAUAAAGAUUCUAUAAUGUCAGAUACUGUUGAUGUGACUUCUUCACCUACAAGAGAUCCAGAUCACUUCCAUGACAAGAAUGAUAUUACGCGUGAAAUGCCUGCUGAUAAUGUAACAUCUCCAGAUAAUUCAGAACCAAAUGACGACGUAACUAUAUUAAAUACAGAAAAACCUACUGAAAUCUUGCCGGAUGCCGAAUUUACGCCAAAAAUGGAACCAUCAGAGAUUUUAGACGCUGACACAAAUAAUUCGGAGUUAAAUUCGGAUACUGCAGACACUGCAGUUAUGCCACAAAUAUCAAAUGUAUUUGGUAAUGUUAACAUUCCAGAAGAGUCGUUACAUGUAUUGAGCAGUUACGUAACAACAACUCAAAGUGAAGAAAUUGCUGCUAAAGAUAAUAUUGUUGACGAAAUUGAAGACGAUAUUAUAAAAACUGAAAUCGAUGUUUCUUACGAAGGGGAAUAUUCAGAAUUAAAUGACACUGAUAAUGUUGUUCAAGCUACAGAUACUAACGCAGUUGUAGAUGAUUGUAAACUUAACACUGUUAAGGAGAAAUCAAUUGUUCAUUCGUUUAGUGAAGUUAUUCCCGAUGUAACGUUCGUGGAUGACGGCAUCGAGUUCAUUGAUGAUGGAAUUAUAGAAGAACAAGAAGGAGUACAUACGGAUUUUAUUAAUGCAGAGCCUAAAAUUAAACAGGAAAUUGUAGAUAAGAACAAUGGAGAAUCUCAAUCAAUCGACUUAAAGCUUCUUAUGGUCCCAGUAGUGUACACUGUGAAAUUAGAGCAUAUGACUGUAUUAAAAAAUGAGCAGAUAUCACACGUAAACGAUAAAAGAAGAAUAGAGAUAAUUUUAAAUGAAAGCAAACCAGUGAGAAAGAUAUCGAUGCAUAUUAAAGAAGAGCAACCUGCUGUUAAUGUCGUAUCAGAUGGUGAUGGUCAUGCCACACAUGAUGAUUUAUUUGAUCGGCCGAAAAGUGCAGAUGAUGUUGACAGCAAUUCUGAAGAUGAAUCCUUGAAGCCGUCCAAGGAUAUGUCGAUACCAGAAGAGAAAAGAGUUAACAUGUCUAGCAUUCUUUUCCAGAAACCAAGAUAUCGAGAUUACAGUAACCCUCUAGUCGUUUGCAAGAAUCCAGACUUCAACACAAGAUUGAAAAGGCUCACUGUUGGGUUUUUAAGUCACACUCGCAAUAGGUAUUUAUUAAGGGCUUGUAAACCAUUAACUAUUGAUCUUUGUAAAGCGUUCGAAAGUAAACUUGUUAAUAAUACCAUUUAUUUUAAGCAAGGUCCUGUCAGUGAACUUACAGUGAAAGAGGAACCAUCUGAAUCAAAUGAUAAAGAUCGACUAACACCGCCUGUACUUUCUCAAGAUAAUUUGAUAAAUACGUCAGCAGUUUCGACAUCGAAUUCUGGUCCAAGUCUUGUGGAUACUAUAGUCAAGCAACCAUUUUUGUCCCCACCAGCCAAAGAGCCCCACAUAAAUGUACAUAAUACAAAAGAUAAUGAAGAUGUCUUAACGGAACGCAAUAAAGUCAUCGUUUUACCUAAUAUUGAUAACGUGAGACGCAUAAAUCGAAAGCUAUUAGUGGCAGAAGUUUCACCAAUGCGAAUAGAUAAAUCAAAUUAUAAAGUUCCUGUGUCACUUGUCUCAGAAUCAGAAGAAAAUUUGAAACCGUCUACAAGUAGGGAGAAAUGUAUUGAUAAAACUCUAGAAAAUGAAAUCAGUGGUAGAACUGUGUUAUGUAGUGGUGAGGUUAUCAAAGGUGUGACUAAUACCUACAUUACUCAUAAAGUCGGGCCAAAGUCCAAAGGGCAGAACUCAGGGACCACAAAUCUCAAGACAAAUCGAAAGAACAAAACAAAAACUCUUCCAUGGAGACCACUAGACCAUAGAGCAAAGGUAGGUUUUUGGAUGACAAAUUUAAAAAAACCCACGCCAAUUAGGCAUUCCGAAGACCAGUUGUUAACUGUUGACACCCUGAAUAAAAUGUUACAUAUAAUCGAUAUAAAAGACCUUAAAAAUGCAUCAGAGGCAAGUUUGCAUACGACAGGAAAAAAAAAGAAACAUCUCAACCAAACAAAGGAAAUGCACCAACUACAGGAAAAAGUCAAUGAAAUACAGAGGAAGUUAGCGGGGGCAAAUAGUCAUGAUAAACAAAAAAGGACACGUAAGAGAGCACCGAAACGUAAUAAGAUGAGCGCAUCCACAAUUCAGGGUGGAUAUGGCACGCAUUGUUGCUGGAUCAAGUUCAAGGAAAUAAAUCCGGAUAUGCGAAACCCACAUCCUUGCGGUGCAAAAUGCACUUGCUGUUGCGGAGAAAAAGGAAUUAAUGACACAGACCCAUCUAUCAUUAAAGUUUGCGAGUCUAUAGAAAGUGUAGUGGAGAAGUCACGUGAAAUUGUAGAAAAUGAAAAUUGUGAACAAGUGCAAUUUAAAGAUUUAUUUCAAACGAAAACAGCUGAAAUCAGUACUUCUGAGAAUAAUAUUAUUGAUUUGGAUUCUGUUGAACAUAACACAGCGGGAGAUAAGAUUAUUGAUAUUAAUAUCGAUGAAAAUAAAACCACUGAUAUUGUUGAAUCGAAUAACAUUGACCCUAAUAGUUCCUCGGUACCAGAUAAUAUCAUAUCAUCUGAAAAUAUUUCUGAAAGUAAUAUCACUGAUAACGAAAAGGUUAACAAUAGAAAUGACAUUCGUAAUAAUCAUGAUAAUACUGUUGUUGUGGAAGAUUCUGAUGAAACUGACCCUGGAAGCACGAUACCCCUUUCUGUAAAAAAUAAUUUACACGGUGCUCCAGACAAAUCGAAAAUUUAUAUCAGAAAAAGGGUAAAUAAAAAAUCAAACAUUUCAGUGAUUAAUCGUCCACAACAAUCAAAUAAAAAAAUUGCAGGGACUAAUGUUGCUCCUGAUCAAAAAUCGCUUACUGUUAUUUCAGGUGAAACUAUUGUAAGCCAUGGUCAAACAUCAAAUAUUGACGAUUGCGUGGUAAUAGACUCUGAUGAUUCUGAAACUCGAAGUGAGAAUCCUCCCCCUGUGAAAAUCAAUGUUUAUGCCGCCAGUUCAGACAUUGCUAAAAGAAAAAAAGGUAGACCACUGAAAAGCGCGCCACCUAUAGCAGUGCGUUUACAGCAGCUCAUUACGAAACAAACAACAGUCCCUCCUCAAGAUAAGAAUCCAACAAAUGAACGAAAACUACGUAGUCGAUUUAACCUUAUUCCAGUAAAAAAGACCGAAAUAGAGUGCGAUAAAAAUAUUUUAUUCCUAAAUAGUGCACAUAUAUCUAACAAACCUAAUCCAAUAUUUCUAGGCAAAAAUAAAAUUCUGCUAACAGACGUGCCACUUCCACGUAUUAAAAACAAACCAGUCAUAGUGCAACCUCCUACUCCUAUUAUGACCGCAUCGUCUCUGCCUCGAGGUGUGAAUUUGAUUUUAACACCGAGCGGAGCUCUCAAUUGUACUGUAGACCCCAACAUUCAGUUGACUGCUGAGGAAAUUACCAGAUUAGGGGAAAUCAUUGAGGACCUUCAAAAAAAAAUAAGCUCUGUAUCAAAUAUAACUAUGCCAAAUUUGCAAUUAGGACCUACUUUACAAUUAUUACCCGGAGCAGUACCUACUGCCGUACAAACUACUAGUGAUAUUGUUAAUUUAGUUGAUGAAGAAAACAUCGCAGAGAAAAACUCAAACAAUGAUAAGCAAGAUAACAAUCCAACAAUGAUUUUGGAGAAUGAAAAGGUCGAAAGUGUAACUCCUAAUGCUGAAGGCGGUAAUUUAAUGACUGAAAACGUGCUUUCUAUUGAAGAAAACACGGUUACUAUUUCUGAUAUGGUUGAUCCUGUUUUAGAUGCAUCUACAACUGCUAUAGCUAAUUCUUCUAUAGAUCAGCCUUCCUCUGUAUUAAAUGUUACAGUAGAAUCAGUACAAAAUACAGAUAUGGGUAAUGAUAUUCCAGACAAAGUUUCUGAUGCUAAUAAUGAGUCAGUGUCAGUUGGAACGAGUAAAGAUGAUACAGAAGAAAGUUUAGAAGUCCGAAGCACAGAUAGUACAGGUAUUGAUAAUAGCAAUCCAGAUGUAAAUGAACAUUGUAAUGUAACUAAUGAGUUAGAGUCAGGACAAAUUUGCAAAGAUGAUAUACAAAAUACAAGUAUUGGAAUUAAUGAUCCAAUUAUAAAUAAAGAUUCUAACGAAACAGUGUCAGUUAAAAUUAGUAAUGAUGGUACAAAAGAAAUUUCGGAAAUCGAAAAAACAGAACUAGAUAAUAACAUUCAAGAUAUAAAUAAAUAUUCUGAUGUAACUAAUGACACAGUGUCGGUUGAAAAGUGUAAAGAUGGUACUCAGGGAAAUUCGGAAAUCGAAAAUACAGAACUUGGUAAUAACAUUGAAGAUAUAAAUAAAGAUUCUGAUGUAACUAUCGACGCAGUGUCAGUUGAAAAGUGUAAAGAUGAUACUCAGGGAAAUUCUGAAGAAGAGAAAAUUAUCGAACCGGACAUAUCAAAUAAGAAAACUAUAUUAUCAGACCUCAUGGAGAUGUCUGGAAUAUUUGACGAAGACAUUGCCCCCGUCGCUGAAACGGCACCACAACCGGUUGUGUUACCAUGCCCCAUUAUUCCUGAAGUAUCAAAUGUACCGAUCCCGCCGCCACUGCACAUAAUUGAUACAAAUCAGUCGCCAUUACAGACCGUUAGCAACUCUUUUCCUGAGCUCAAUCCUGUUACAUCAUUUGAUGAACUUAAAUACGCGUGCUUGCAUAAUGGAAACUUCUUUAAACUGGAUCUGGAAUGCAAUACGUUAGCUCCUAUAAAUGUAUGUAUUAAGCGAAAGCACGUAACACCGACAGUACCUUCACAAUUUGUGGAUCUAACAAAAGACGGAGAUGAUGCAGAAAAUGAGGAGAAAGAAAAAGAAAGGAUGCAAGAUGAGGACUCAUUGCCCACUUUUGUAGUACGAAAAACAGCUGUACCAAAAAGGAUAUCUAAACUGUCUUUGCUUAAGAAAGGAGCAACAGCCACGCCGCUUAAACUGUUUAAAGUUGUACACCCGUUAGCGCCGAACACACCCCAAGAAAAUAAAAACCAUAAAGAACCCAAUACAAAUACAGUCUCAGAUACAGAAAUGGCAACUAAAUCUAUAAAAAAACAUGCUAGAAAACAGAAUUUUGGGAAAAAAACUUACGAAAUGCAAUAUGUGAAUUUCCUUGCGAUUGACGGUGAGCAGGAGAAUUACGAAUUCGAAGGAUCUUUUGAAGAACCUGUUGCUGCUGUUGACGAUAAUGAUUCCUCUGAUGAUGAGCCACUAGCGAAGAAAGUGAGGCGAAGAGAGGAGAUGCAAAAUGAGGCUCAGAAAAUUACAGUUGAUACAGCGUCGGAGGUUCUUGCGACGAGCGAGGGAAAUGAAUCUACAAUUAAUGAAUCGAUGGAUGUAACAGUAGAUACUCUUGAAAAUAAUGUGUUACCAUUACCUAUGGAAGGAGUUGAAGAAGGCGUAGAAGGUGCGGAAGGCGUGGAAGGUCCAACAACACUUGAAUUCCUAUCAGAUCACAAUGAAGAACAGGCGGAGGAUUGUAUAUUAGGAUUUUGAAAAUAAGAUUUAAAUGUGAUGAAUAAUAUUUUUUGUUUUUUAUGCUAUUCAAUAUGGGAAAAAUGUAUUGGGAUAAACCAAUAUAAAACUGUGCAGUGUUAAAUUAUUAAAUAACUCUCUCUAUGAGAGUAAAGUUAUGAUGGAACUCGGUUUUCUAUCUAAAUUGAUUUAUAUCUACUUAACAUCACACUUGUUGAGAAUAGUCUUAUAAAUUACUUGUUACAAUCUUAAUUUUCAUUUUUUAAUUUGUGUUUUAAGUCAACUAUAACUUUUAUAACUUGUUUGAUAAACAUGGUCCUUCUAAACAUACCACAGGGUAUAGAUAAAUACUUUUCAAGCUGUUUACAUUAUUAAACGGGAGAAAUAUGUAAAGAUAAUAUAUAAAAUUUAUUUUUGUAUGAGCCUGUUUUGCGGUACUCGUUCACUACAUUUUUUUACCAUUGGAAUACCAAAUAUAAUGGUCAAGAUUGGUUGAUAAACACAGUGUUGCUGGCCAACUGGAGACAGCGCUCUCAUUUAAUUUCACCUUUUUUGCAGACUGUAACUCCUUAUAGGUAAAACCUUCUUAUUCCCCGGACCAUUUUUAUCCAUUUUUUUAAAUAGUGUUCGUGAGUACCUCUUUCGAUUGUAUUUAGGUUGUUUAAGAUUGUGUUUGUGAUAUUAAACAAGAUUAGAUAACUAUGUAAAUUAUUACCUAGAUAAGAUGUGAUUUUUUUAAUUCUUGACUAUUUUAAUAAAUAUUUAUAAUAGUUAAGCUUAGUAUCAACAAAAUACUAUUGUGAGAAGUUAUUUGUUUCUAAAAUGCAAUAGCUUUGAAAUGCAUUUCCGUACUUAUUAUGUGAAUAUUGUGGACAUUACGGUUAACUAUGGAAGUAAAGAAAAAAAGUAAAUUAUGUUGAUCAUAAC